UCCUCAGACGGGAGGGGGCGGGGUCUCAGGAACGUUCAAACUCGUCACACCUCUGGAAGGUUUCUGUGUUGUGAUGAUGUGAGACACCUGAAGUCACAGACAUGAGUGGAGAUGUUCCUCGCGAUCUGAUGGAGAGUGUGCAGGAGGCUGUGGGUCAGCAGGUCAAGUUAUGUGUUAUUAAGAGAGUGAAUCUGGAGGUCAAAGGUGACAGGUUUGAGGGCAGAAUUCUGGUCUGCGCUAUGAAACUGAGAGACGCCGCUAUUCUAAAUAUCUGGGUUAAAGAUGGCAAAAGUUGUGUGAUGUUGUUUGUGUUCAGGGAUCUGGUGGCGAUUGUUGCUGCUCUGGAGUUCAGUCAGUGGUUCAUCAAACUCUCCAUUAAAGACGUCAAACUGACAGCUGAUCUGUGUGAGCAGAUAUUGAAGGUUGUGUCUCGAUCCACAAAACUAGAGGAGCUGACACUGGACAACACAGGACUCAAAAGUGACUUUGCUGUGAGGUUUGCCGGUGCUUUAAGCCUGAAUCCAAGCUCUGCUUUACACACAAUCAGCUUCGCCAACAAUUGCCUUGAAGACAAAGGUGUUGUGGUUCUGAGCUCUGCGCUGUCUAAACUCACAGCAGGACUCAAACAACUCGACCUUUCUAAGAAUUCACUCUCAACUAAAGGUGAACACACACACAUGUCUGGUUUAUUAUCUCUGUGGGGACAGUCCAUAGGCGUAAUGUUUUUAUACUGUACAAACUGUAUAUUCUAUCCCCUAUCCCUAACCCUAUCCCUAAACCUAAAGAUCAUAGAACACAGUUGGAGCAGUGUUUGUGUUGUGUGUGAUGUUGUUGUGUUGUGUUGUGUUGUGUUGUGUUGUGUUGUGUUGUGUUGUAGGAAGGUGAAGGAGUGUUCAUCAUCUCUGAAGCAGUUCUUCAGCAGCGCUCUGUCUCUUCACACCGUCUGUCUGUCUGCAACUAAACUACCCACAGAAGCCCUUAAAGCUGUGCUCUUGGGUCUAGCGAGUAAUCGUCACCUGCGAGAUGUUUCUCUGGACAUCAGCAGUUGUGAGUUGCGUUCAGCUGGUUCUCAGAUUCUGGAGGGUUGUAUAGCUGACAUCACGAACAUCAGCAGUCUGGAUAUAUCAGACAACGGUCUGGACUCGGAUCUGUCCACGCUCCUGGUUUGGAUUGGAAAAAAUCGCUCCAUUAAACACUUAUCCAUCGGCAGAAACUUCAGCAACAUCAGAACCAAGAAUCUCGGGCAGGUUCUCGUCUCUCUGAUUCAUAUGAUUCAAGAGGAAGAAUCUCCGCUGAUGUCUCUGUCUUUGGCGGACUCGCGUCUGAAGGUGGAUCUGUCUGUGGUGUUGAACGCUGUGGGUGGGAGCAGUCUGAUUCAUCUGGACAUCAGUGGGAACAGUAUGGGUGACAUUGGGGCAAAGAUGCUGGCCAAAGCUCUUCAGAUCAACACCAAACUCAGGACUGUGGUGUGGGACAGAAACGGUGUCAGUGCUCAGGGUUUGCAGGAUGUUGCAGCUGCUCUAGAGAAAAAUUAUACCAUCAGAUUCAUGCCGAUUCCCAUCAUAGAUGCAGCUCAAGCUCUGAAGAACAGCCCAGAGAAAACAGAAGAUGCCCUGCUGAAGAUGGAGCAGUAUCUGUUGAGGAAUCAUGAGAGCAGGAGAUAUCUGCAGGAACAAGCGUUCAGACUGCAGCAGGGCAUCGUCACCAGUACAACACAACAGUUGAUUGGUCAGGUGUGUGUGCAGGUUCAGGAUCAGUUAAACUCUCUUCGCUUCAGUAAGAGUGACAGAGUUCAACAGGACAUGAAGACAGCAGAGAAACUCCUGAGAGAUGCCAAGAGCUCUGGAACACUGUUGUGGAGUGUGUAUCACCUGCGGUCAGGUGGGUGUGUUGUGGACUCUUCAGCAGGUGUGUGUGUUCAGCAGGUGCAGGAGAAACUGUGUGCAGUAGCAGCAGAGAUCAGCGCUCUCAUACAACAACAACUGCAGAGUUUGUUUGUGUCAAUGUUGGACACAGCAGAGAGUGUGUGUCCGCAUGUCAUGCAGAAGUCAGGUUUGCGUGAUGAUGUUUUGAGCAACAGUAAAGAGAGGAUGAGUGUACCGCAAGACUUCAUCACAUCCACACUGCUGGAGCAGUCAGCCAUCGACAUCAUCAACAAGAUCAGUGAAGUGAAGUUCAGCAUGGCGUCGUGUCUCUCUGAUAACAUCACUGAUGAGAUCUUACAGUCUCUCUCUCACUCUCAACACACACUGGCAGGGCAUUUGAGCUGUAGAGAGAAGCCUCCACUGAUGCAUCAGACCUCACAGGACAGAAACGUUCUAGAUGUGAGACAAAUACAUGACACUCAAAUACAUGAAAACCAGACACUCCCCCAAACACAGACUCAUGAGGUGAAGAGGAGAACAGUUUACAGCAGAAUGUUCAGACCUGUGUCUGCUGCCUUCAAUCUGGAGUUUGAUUUGAGUAAGGCAUUAGAGGAAGUGUCCAUGCAUGUAGAUGACCUGCCCCCGCCCCCACUCAUGUCACCGCCCCCUGUGGAGGAGGGGCUUCAUCUGCCUCAGCUUGAAUGUUUCAGUGACCUCCCCACAGUAGACACGCCCGCUCUUCAACAUGUCACCAAAACCAGACCACGACGAACCAAGAGAGCCAAAGCCAGUAGAGCAACACCAAUCAGCAGAGCCGCUGCACAGGAAGUGGAUCAGGGCGGCAGUGUCCAUCCGCUGGACGAAGGAGUGCCAGAGUUUUUCUUCAAAAAGGUCAUAAACAUCGGAGCAAAAGUGUUUGGCUCAGAUGUGGAAGGCACGAGUCCUCUCAUCAAACGUCACUCAUCUACUAAAACCACACCCACCAGCCCCACCUUUAGCACCACGACAACAGCAACCAUCUCCAUAUCAACAGCAGAAAAGAACGUCACACCCCCCGAGCCCAUCGUGACCGCUGGAGACCCUUGUAUUCCCGCAGUGCCUGAGGUGAAAGGUCACGUGCAGGAGGGGGUUAAACGUGAGGGUCAGCUGAUCAGAGGUCAUGUGGGGGUACAGGUGCUGGGAGGUGACAUGCUGAUGGAGAUACGAGCUAAACAAGAGAAACGCAAGAAAGCCGGUGUUUCUCCAUCUGUGGAACCUAAAGCUGAACAUCACACUGACGCAGGAGAAAAUCAUGAACGCACAACAGCAGAAAUCCAGAAAGAGCCCAGAGCACAACACACUCGCACACCUGCACAGGCCAGAUCAAGACCUCUGUCCUGCAGUUCUGAAGCGGUCUGGAUCAGUUCUUCUGGGUGUCUGUCUCAGGAGUCCAUCACCCCUCCUCCUCUGGAUGACAUCACAUAUAUAUCAACAGGAGACUCCUCCCCUGCUCUGGUAGCCCCACCCCUCUGCCAAUGGGGGUUGCAGUCUGACACUGAGUGGGUGGAGCUGAGCCCUGUCACUCACGGCACAAAGGGUGGAGACUCAUCUGAUACCUCUAGUGUCGUUGUGUUGGAGACAGACACACACACAAACACAAAGGCUGUGGUGAGGUCAGUGUCUUGUGUUCACUCCAGAACCGACCCGGAUGAAGACACAGCUGAUCGACAGCGAACCAAGUCCCUCCCCUCAGCAGAUGGACUGUUCAGUACAUCAGAUUCUGCUGCUGCUUCAGGAUUCACUUCAGACAAUCACAACACUGAUUCACACACUAGCAGCUGAACACACACAUGUCUGGUUUAUUAUCUCCGUGGGGACAGUCCAUAGGCGUAAUGUUUUUAUACUGUACAAACUGUAUAUUCUAUCCCCUAUCCCUAACCCUAUCCCUAAACCUAAAGAUCAUAGAACACUUUUUGCAUUUUUAGAUUUUCAAAAAAUAUUGUUCUGUACAAUUUAUUAGCUUUUGUGCCCAUGAGGACCUCAAUUUUGGUCCCCACGGUGACACGAGUCCCCAUGUGUUGGUGUGUAUUCAGGUUUAGGUCCCCACCGGGAUAUACAAACAUGAACACACACACACACACGAACACACACACACACACACAUGAACACACACACACAUGAACACACGCAAACACACAUGAACACACGCACACACACAUGAACACACGCACACACACAUGAACACACACACGUUUGAGCAUCUUUUUGAUGACAUACAUUGACUCAAUGCAAUCUCUAGUCUGUUAGCCUAACCCUAAAACCACUCCUUUUCUUUUCUUAAUGAUGUCACCUCAGUUUUCAAUCUGAAUGUGAAUAAAAGGAAAUUUGUUUAAAAUUUGCUGUUCGGACCCCAUUGACUAUCAUUUUACAAUAGAAAUGUAAACCUACUCUUUCUUUUUGUUUCUUUGUGCUCUUUUGUUUUAGUCAGGUAAGUUUUUUAUAUAUUCAUAUUUUUAUAUAUAUAUUUAGAAAUCUUCCAAACUUUCUUUCAUCUUCAUGUCAUUUUAAACCUGUAAGAGUUUCUUUCUUCUUCAGAACACAAAAGAAGAUAUGUUUUCUUCAACACAAUUUGAAGAAUGUUGAUUAAUCAAACAACACUAAACCCCAUUGACUUCGUUUGUAUGAACACAUAACCACUGAGACAUUUCUCAAAAUAUCUCCUGUUGUGUUCCACUGAAGAAAGAGUGUGUGUGUGUGUGUGUGCGUGUGUGUCUCACUGGUGAUGUGUGUGUCUCUGAUGAUGUGUGUGUGUGUGUCUCUGGUGAUGUGUGUGUGCGGCGUGAUGUGGUGGUGAUGUGUGUGUGUGUGUGUGUGUGUGUCUCUGGUGAUGUGUGUGUGCGGCGUGAUGUGGUGGUGAUGUGUGUGUGUGUGUGUGUGU